AUGUGGCUCGUUAUGGAUGAUCCUUGUACAGAGAGGCUUAGGUUGGCUAAAACUGUGAUAUCGUUGCUCGAGACGAAUAAGGUUAAGGAGUUGCCGCAGAUUGUUCCGGUUAAGAUUGAGGAAGAACCUGUUGAACCAAAGCAAGUUGAGCGACAGAUUCGAGUUUUCUCUGCUGUUCAUGAGAGUGUUGCUGCAAAAAUUGAGCUGCCUGAUUCUUUCUAUAACCUUACUGCUGAAGAACUGAAAAGGGAAACCGAUGAAAGAAAGGACGAGAUAGAAGAAUCUAAGCUUUUAAUUCCUAAGUCCUACAAAGAAAAGCGGUACAAGAAGACUUUCAUUAGAGUGCAGUUUCCUGAUGGAGUUGUACUUCAAGCUAUCUUUUCACCAUCUGAGUCUACUGGAGCUCUAUAUGAGUUUGUGAGCAAGGCACUGAAAGACCCAAGCCUAGAGUUCAGCCUCCAAUAUACGGAUUUAGUCAAGCACCAAUUGAUCCCUCGUUUUCCAGCAAACGCAGGAAAAGCACCAACACUCGAGGACGAAGAUUUGGUGCCAGCAGCCCUUAUUAAGUUCAGACUAAUCGAGGCAGAUGAAAUUGUUUUUACAGGACUGUGUAAUGAACUUCUUCUAAUCAGUGAACCCCUUGUGUUGGGUUCCGCUGUUCCUUCAUCUUAACCUGAAUUUGGGUUCGAGUCCAUCCUUUGGAAUGUGAAAAUCUUACAAAUAAUCGACUCAUGUUUUAGAAUUUUUGAUAUAUGUUGUUGACAUUUCACACAAUCAGGGCAGAAAAUACAGUUGUGCGUCUGGUUUAUCACGGUUAAAACUCAGUUUGUACAGAUGAGUUUGGCUUGGGGUUGUUUGAUAGUAUCAAAUCUUUUAUCUGUUGC